ACCCGUACUUGUUCCCAGUGCAUGCCGGGUAGGUCAGCUUCGGUAAGGAGGGCGUCAUGUGCUUUUGAGGUACAACUAGUUCCUUGGUUUGUUGAGCAACGAGGUUGCUUAUCGAAUGCACCGAAGUGAUUUGGGGACUCUGGAUUAGCGUUUAGCAUGUACUGCACCAGAGCGACGCUGCGGGCUGCGGUGAGCCUCCACCGACAACGGCUUCAGCGAGAGGAGCAGCAAAUGUCGGCCUGGUGCUUGCUGAAACUCCUCAGGACGAGCGCCGAUGUCCGCUCUGACGUCCUGGUCAUGCCGCCGCUGGACGGCGCCACCAAGCACUACUCGCCCAAAAUCCAGAAACUGGUCAGCGACAUAGCCAGCCUCACCUUGUUAGAGGUGUCGGACCUCAAUGAGCUCCUCAAGAAAACGUUGAAUAUUCAGGAUGUCGCAAUGAUGCCGACAGGCGGGACGGCUGCAACGGCUGCUCCAGGACCUCAGGCCGCUGAAGAGGAGGUCCCGGUCAAGAAAGAGAAGACUCACUUCACUGUCAAGCUAACUGAAGUCAACGCGGCAGAGAAGGUCAAACUCAUUAAGGAGGUGAAGAACUGCAUCCAAGGCUUGAACCUGGUGCAGGCCAAGAAGCUGGUGGAGUCGCUUCCGCAGGAGAUCCGCGCCAACGUUUCCAAAGACGAGGCGGAGAAACUGAAAGCGGCGUUGCAGGCGGCGGGCGGUACCGUGGCCCUGGAGUAAACUUUGUCCAUUUCCAUUGUCUACCAAAACGGCCUUCCCUCUUCCAUACAGUCUCUUCAGUGGGGGGGAACAAGUCAAACUGAACUUUUUACAAAUAAGCUCGCCAUCUGCUGGUGACUCUUUUGUGUGUGCGUAUGUGCGUGCGCGCAUGUGGAUGUGGAAAGAAGAGCAUUUCCAUUCAGCGUAGGACUGCUUAAUUGACUUAUCGCAAAAGGAAUGGUUGUCAUUAAAAGGUGAAACACGA